GGCCCGCCUUGCGAAGCUGGCCGGGAUGCCUCCCCACCUGAACCUGGGUCGCCACCUCGGUGAGGGGCCGCGGGGAAGAUCCCAAGAGGUGGGAUCCAGUCGGUUCUUGGCUCUCCUAAGAGAGCCAGAGCGGGAGAACCCUAAUGUCAAAGCCCUGAGACAUUAGACUUGGCGAGGCCAAGCCCUGAGACAGGACUAGCACGGUAGUGAGUCUCUUUGUCCGCUCUCCGCAGCGAAGGGGCGGGACCGUGCCAGACCCUGCCGGUUCCCGCCCCGGAAGCGGAAGUGCAGGCACUGCGGGGUCCUGUAUAGUGUGAGCCCGACCCGAGCGCCAGUCGUUCCGCCCGCUGGUCAUCGCGCCCUCUCCCUUGCCGGUGUCCUGCUCGCCGUCCCCGCCAUGCUGUCUCUAGACUUUUUGGACGAUGUGCGGCGGAUGAACAAGCGGCAGCUCUAUUACCAAGUCCUAAAUUUUGGAAUGAUUGUCUCAUCGGCACUAAUGAUCUGGAAGGGAUUAAUGGUAAUAACUGGAAGUGAAAGUCCAAUUGUAGUGGUGCUCAGUGGCAGCAUGGAACCUGCAUUUCAUAGAGGAGAUCUUCUCUUUCUAACAAACCGAGUUGAAGAUCCCAUAAGAGUGGGAGAAAUUGUUGUUUUUAGGAUAGAAGGAAGAGAAAUUCCUAUAGUUCACCGAGUCUUGAAGAUUCAUGAAAAGCAAAAUGGACAUAUCAAGUUUUUGACCAAAGGCGAUAAUAAUGCAGUUGAUGACCGAGGCCUCUAUAAACAAGGACAACAUUGGCUAGAGAAAAAAGAUGUGGUGGGGAGAGCCAGGGGAUUUGUUCCUUACAUUGGAAUUGUGACGAUCCUCAUGAAUGACUAUCCUAAAUUUAAGUAUGCAGUGCUCUUUUUGCUGGGUUUAUUUGUGCUGGUCCACCGUGAGUAAGAAGUCUGCCUUGCUGUUCCUGGGAAGAUGCCAUACUUUCGUUACUGGAUGUUUGGAGUAGAUACUGGUCUGUGAUUGGUGGAAUGGAGAACACGCAUGUCGGUGCUUCUUGGUAGCACUGGUUUGCAUUAGUUUACGUUUCCACGCCAGAGUUUGUUUGGGUGGGCACAUGUGCACCACAGAGUGCACUUGAGGGGACUUUCAAUCACAGGAUUUCAUAGUUGUCAUUGUCACACUUUCACAUUUUUGUACAUCAGUGACUUUUUUAUAUUAAAAGGUUGAGCCAAAGCCCCCAGUGUUUGUAUUUUGAAGCCAAGCUUCACUUCUAAAGUGCCUACAGAGACUUGUAAAUGACAAUGCAGCUCUGCACGAGUUUGAAACCGUCAUACCUCCUUCUAAUAGGAAUGGCAUAUACUGAGGUGGUCAUAAGUCUUAACUUUUAAAAUUUUAAAUAAAAGACUUUGCACAUUGAA